CAAGCUAUGCCUGAUUUGGCCCCAUAUGGUAGAGAUGUGGAUGGGGAAAAUGUGGGUAGAGGGUGAUGUGCUAGCAACCCUCUCCCCUUACUGUUUUACAAAGUAACAACACAACUACGCAGAGGCAGCCACGGUUGAAAGAAGAACAAGAACAACAAGCAUUAUCAAAAGAGAAAAGAAGCACGGUCAUUCCUUACACAAGAGACCUUAUCUUAGCGCCCAUCACUUGUUAUGCUCUCAUAAAUUAGUUUGAUAGUUGAGCUCUGAUUGGCUGUAUGCAAAUGUGUUCAUAACUGGGGUCUGGAACUGUCGUGGGGAAAAAAAAAUUCGCCGCCCGGCGUGCUACAGUUUCUGCCAUCUCGCCACCUUGAAAUGUUGCGUAUAUUAUUAACAACAAUACCUGAAAAGAAAUAUGGGUCAUUCAGCAAGCAAAAAGGUAAUAAAUUAAAAAUAAGGUCGCUGCAUCUCGUGUAGGAGAAGUAGAACGACAUGGAGAUUUAUUUUGAUAAGUGGACGAGGGUUCCCACAAAUUUUUGUCACAGUGCAGCACAGCAGAAUAGGUAAAUAAAAAUAACAAAUUUGAAGAGAAGUUCUAAAAUAUCCAUGUUGUUACAAUGGAUGAAAAUGAAGAAUUUCAACUGGUAUCAAAAGCACAAACAGCUACACGUAUAUCAGAUAAAGAUAUUACACAUAUUUUAGAAAAAUGUGGUGGUUUUGGACCUUAUCAACGCUGGUUGUACGCUUACAUUUCUAUUAUAUGGCUGUUUUCAAGAUUUUCAGAACUGAACUUGCCAUUUAUCAGUGCAAAGGUUCCUUUUUUAUGCUACCCUCCGAACUUUAAUGCUUCGUUAAUUCCUGCAAAUCUUACAGAGAAUGAAUAUUUACAAAUGCUUCAACCAGACGGUGAUGAUCAAUGUUCCGUAUAUAACAAUAGUUUCACUGGGACACAUUAUACAACACCACCAAGUAAUUCAUCUAAACUACAGUGUUCUUAUGGACGGAAAUUUCUGACAGAGGAGUUUUCUUCAAUUGUAAGCGAGUUUGGUUUGGUAUGCGAAAACAAAUGGUUAAGAUCCACUUUGCAGUCAGUUUAUUUUGCUGGUUAUCUUGUUGGAGCAAUAGUAUUUGGUGCUUUAGCUGACAGAUUUGGUCGGAGACCUAUUUUAUUGCUUGCAAAUGCAUGCCUGGUUGUUUGUGGAGUUACCAAAAUCUUCAUCCCAUCUUUCAUCACUUUUCUCAUUCUUUAUUGGAUUCAAGCUUGUGGUAAUAUCGGCAUAAUAGUUAGCACUUAUGCACUGAUCAUGGAAUUUACUUCUUCAGAACUACGUACUCCUGUUAAUUUUGUGUUUAUGUGCGUCUAUCCAGUAGCCUCGAUAUUUGAAACGGGGUUCGCCUAUGCCAUAUCUGACUGGCGUCAUUUAGAAUUGACAGCGUGUCUCCUACCGAUAAUCGUUUUUUUCAUUUGGAUAUUUGUGCCUGAAUCUCCAAGAUGGUUUAUUGGAAGAAAACGAUUUAGAGAAGCUGAGGCAAUCCUUGAAGAAGUGAUAAAGAACAAUAUAAAGCAACACGAGGAUGUGCUAGGUAUUUUAACAAAUGAUGAAGAAGAAACUUCAUUCGAAAACAGUUACCAAGAAAAUAUACCUGAGAAAACAAUCGUAAACAAAGAAGAGAAUUAUACUUUUAUCGAUCUAUUUAAAACAUGGCGGAUUGCAUUAAUCACACUUAAUAUUUGCUUCGGCUGGAUGGUCUGCAGCAUGUUAUACCUUGGCGUAAUACUUAAAUCUGUUGAUAUGGCUGGAAACCGCUACUUAAACUACCUUUUAAUGCAAAUUGUUGAGUUCCCCAGCAACUACGUUUCUUAUUAUUUCUUUAUGCGUUUUGACCAUCGCAAACCUAUUAGUUUCUUUAUGGUGUUUAGUGGAUUAAAUUGCAUCGGCUCAAAUUUUGUAACCGAAGGCUCAUUCUGGAUCCCUCUCAUUCUGGUUGUUCUGGGAAAGUUUGGAAUCGCAGCAGCCUUUUCUUCCAUUUAUCUCUUAUCAGCAGAAAUAUUCCCAACAGUUGUGAGAACAAACGGUUUAGGUGUAGCUUCAAUGUCUGCCUGCGUUGGCAGUAUGCUUGCACCCUUCAUUCUUCACCUUUCAUACUAUGUCAAAUGGCUUCCUUUAAGUAUCUUCGGCGUUCUUUCAUUUAUAUCCGGCAUGAUGAUCCUUUUAUUGCCAGAAACAAAAGAUAAAGACUUACCUCAACAUUGGACAAUAUGACCAACUGGAAGAACUUUUAAAAUAAAGCAGCAAAAAAAUUAUUUAAUUGAGUGCAUCUUUUGUUUAAGUUUAAAAUUAAAAUAACACUUUCUUAUGCUUAAACAUGUCAGACAAGAAAAGCUUUUUAAAUGUUUCCUCUGUAAAUAAAUGUC